UGCUAACGGACCGUAUUCGUAACCAGAUCUGAAACGGCCGGCCCGGCCCGGCCCUGCUGGCACAAGACAACGAUACAAUUGUGCGGCCGUAAUAAAUAGUCUUGAAAUCGUCGGGGCCACGACGGCGAGAGGAGCAGCAGAGGAUAGCUUUUCCCCACGGAUCCUUCUCGUCUUCCUCUUGAUUCGAGUCGCCUCUCCCCGUCAGCACAAACAUGGACUCAAGCAGGCGCCCAAGUGGAAUCCAGCAAUUGCUUGCUGCAGAGCAAGAAGCUCAGCAAAUUGUAAAUGCUGCUAGGGCUGCUAAAACGGCGAGGCUUAGGCAAGCCAAAGAAGAGGCUGAGAGAGAAAUAGCUGAGUACCGUGCACAAAUGGAGGCUGAUUUCCAGAGGAAGCUCACUGAGACCAGCGGUGACUCUGGCGCAAACGUCAAACGCCUUGAGCAAGAGACAACCGUAAAGAUUGAGCAGCUCAAGCAGCAGGCAGCAAACAUCUCUCCAGAGGUGAUUCAGAUGCUUCUGAGGCACGUCACCACUGUGAAGAACUAAAGGUUGAUGAGUCAGCCCUGCAUAUGAUGGCAACUUUGUACUAUCUGUUCAUUUCUUUGGGUGGUAUUAUAAGAAAUGGCUUUUGCCACUUCCAGCUGUAAUUCCUUGUUGUCUUGGAAAUAAGCUGCUACAGUUCAGCAGCAGCCAUGUCUGAUACUACUUGCUAAACCUUUGGUGAUUAGUUCGUAAAUUUUGUCGAUUUC